GUCUUGUCUAGCACCCGGUCCACAGCGCAGCAGUGAGCACGCAUCUAUGAAGAAUAUAAACAACGCUACCAGUAGAGCGCGGAAUUAAAAAAUGUUCGAUAUGAUUUGGUAGUAUCAGUUCAUCCUAAGUAAAACUACUAUUCGUUGUUUGUGCAAGUUGAUAUUCAAGUUCAAUAUAUCCAAACUUGUCUUCAUUAUGAACAAGUCCGGACUUACUGUGAACAAAACAUUGAAAUAUUUACCUGAAAGGCCACCUGUGGAUAUUGAAUUCCAGGAUUUAAGUUUCAGUGUACCUGUUGGAAGAAAAACUUCAAAACUCAUCCUCAAAAGUAUCAGUGGCAACUUUCGAUCAGGCCAAGUGACAGCUAUUUUAGGGCCUUCAGGAUCAGGAAAAAGUUCACUACUUAAUAUACUAGCAGGAUACAAAACAGAUGACACUACGGGUAACAUAUUUAUCAAUGGAGAAAGAAGGGAUGUGGACAAAUUCAGCAGGAUAUCGAGAUAUAUUAUGCAAGAUGAUCACAUUCAACCUUACCUCACAGUGCUGGAGUCAAUGACUGUUGCUGCAGAUCUUAAGUUAGGGAGUUAUGAAACCAAAGAAAAUAAAGGAAAUAUGAUCAACGAAAUAUUGGAUUUAUUAAAUCUCAGCCGUUCUAAAGCUACUCGAGCUAAAAACCUAUCUGGAGGAGAACGUAAGCGAUUAUCGGUAGCCUUAGAAUUGCUGAAUAAUCCACCUGUGAUAUUUUUGGACGAACCCACGACUGGUUUAGAUGACGUGGCAUGUUCGCAGUGCAUAGGAUUAUUGAAACUUUUAGCUUUAGGAGGAAGGACUGUGAUAUGCUCUCUGCACACACCAAGUGCGAAACUGUUUUCAGUUUUUGAUAAUGUGUAUAUACUGAGUCAGGGACAAUGUGCUUAUCAAGGCUGUGGAUCAGAGGUAGUUCCUUAUCUUGAAAAAAUAGGACUUGUUUGUCCAAUUUCAUAUAAUCCAGCCGAUUUCAUUCUGGAAGUUUGCAAUCAAGAGUAUGGAGAUUUCCAGAAAAAGCUAGUGGCUUCGAGCGAAAAUGGCCUCAACAUGAACUAUGUUAAAGAAUAUGCUGUAAAGAAUCAAAUGAACGAUGAGUCGAUGAACAAGAUCAAGAAAUAUGAAGAUCCCCAUCAUAAAAAACAUAUCGAAGAUAGGGGAUCUACUUUUUGGCAGCAGAUUUCAAUUCUCACAAUGAGAAUAUGGAUUCAAACUUGGAGAGAUAAGAGUGGUCUUCUACUGAGAACAUUUAUUCACCUAUUCUUGGGGAUACUCAUUGGCAACGUCUACAUCGGAAUGGGUAACGAUGGAUCAAAAAGUUUAUACCUUUUUGGAUUUUUUUACGUUUGCAUCAUAUUCUGUAUGUUUGUUCCUAUGGUUCCAUUUUUACUGUGGGUUCCAAUGGAGAUGAGAAUUUUAAAAAGAGAAUAUUUCAAUAGAUGGUAUGGACUGGGAUCCUAUUAUUUAGCAGUUACAAUAGCGAAUGUCCCCAUACAAAUGGUUUUACUUGGUAUAUAUGUUGCACUUACAUAUACAUUGACGUCACAACCAAUGGACAUUUACAGAAUUGUAUUAUUCUACAUCAUAUGCUUCUUAACAGCAAUGGUGGCUGAGAGCUACGGUAUAAUAAUGGGUGUAAUAUUCAAUAUUGUGAAUGCCCUCUUUCUUGGAACAACCUCUAAGGUACCAAUGAUGCUGCUCGCUACGUACGGUUUUGGAUCUGGCUAUGACGCAAUACCAGGAUGGAUACGCUUUUCAAUGUACUUCGAUUACCUCCGUUAUUCCAUGGAGGGACUCAUGGCUACCAUGCUGAGAAAUAGAGAAAUAAUACCUUGCCCAGAAGAAGAAGACUGGUGUCUCUACACUGAUGUCAGCUAUUUCUUGAGGAGCAUGGGGAUGGAAAAUUCCAUUAUAUGGGUCGACAUAGUGGCUCUAGUCAUUUUUCUGAUAGUUUUCAGGAUUGUAGGUUUCUAUUUACUCAAACAGAGGCUACGGCCUAACAAAUACUUGAAAGCUGUAUAUGUGGUGGCGAAAUUGGUUAAAUCACAUUUUGGACCUUGAAAAGUCUUGAGAUUUUAUCGAAUUGUUGCUCAUUCAAAGAAUGUCGAGGUAGAGAGGUGCUAUAGAACCCCGGAGUAUGGUUGUAUUUGAAAAUAAAAAUUAUAACAAAGAGACCAUGGAUGUUGUUCUCCAAUGAAAACUCAAGACCUAAUUAAAAGCUACAAUCAUUGGAUUUUAUGUAAAUUCUUAUAAUAAAAAAUAAGACAUGUCUAUUUAUAAAUAAAAUAAGGUACUUAUAUGAAA